AACAACAAUAAUUACAAUAAGUUAUGUUAACAGUAUAGUUGUAGACUUGUAAUCGAUAGCUACUACUGUCUACUCCUCUCGCUACAAGGCAAAACAUGCAUUACUGUGUGGAUUGUGGAAAUAAAUGGUAAUAAGUAUAGAUUAAAUCAGAGAGAAUAAUCGUGAAGCAGAAAUUAAUCUAACAUACAAUAUCAUAUAGGUACAAGAAAAAAUUAUUUUUCCAAGUGCAGGUCAAACUGUAGACGCAAUAGCAACACCAUUUGUGGGAAUCAUGGUUGACAAAUUUGGAAAAAAGAAAAAUUGGGUGCUAUUAGGCACUGUGAUGGAAGCCAUAAGUUUUCCGUUAAUAUAUUACGUUUGGAAUCUAUCGAUUUUUGUAACUACUUUGAUAUAUAUUUGCGCAAAAUUAACAUUCCAAAUGGCCUGGGCUCUUGUUCAAAUUUCUCAUUUGUCUUUAAUACCAGAGCUAACUGAUUUGUCUUUGGAGAGAGGCAAAUUAACUUCUAUAAGAUAUGUAUUCACUGUGUCCACAAAUAUUUUAAUGUUCAUAAUUCCUUGGUUAGUGUUUAGAGGUGUACGGAAUAACGGAAAUAUGGGUAGUCUCAUUGGUCCUAACGACUCAGAAAAAUUUCAAAUGUUAGCAUUAAUUGCUACUACAAUUGGAGUGUUUUCUGCGUUUAUUUUCCACGGGCUAUUGAAAAGUCCACGAAAUACCAAUAAGAAAUUGAUGUACAGGCAGAAUCGACAGAUAAAUUUUGAUAAAAUAUUACAAUUUUGUAAAAACGUUCAUCUAUAUCAAGUGGCUAUAGUGUUUACGACUUGUAAGCUGUUGAUAAAUAUAGCUCUGAUCUAUAUACCACUAUUUAUCAACGAAUCGGCUAUUAACGAAUCUGGUACCAUUGCUAGCAUACCGUUGGUGGCGUAUAUUUCUUCUUUGAUCACAUCUAUUGGCGUGGAAUACAUUAAACCAUAUUUUAAAUCUGAUAAAAGAAUGUCCAGUUACUUUAAUCAUAACUCCAAGGUUGAAAAUUUCUCUGGCGAUAUGCACAGUUACAGUGAAUCCGGCUACAACACUUCACAUAAUAAUAGAGUUAAAUACUCUGACAAAAACCGUAUGACUCAAUUUCCGCCACUGUUGGAAACAGAUUUAUCAGAAUGUCCGCGGUCAUUGGACAAACCAUCAUGCUCUUCGCAACAAGAAUCCACAUACACGGAAUGUAACUUUGCUGUUUAUGAUAUGAAAGCACAGCCAGGUUAUAGGCUCCAGCUCCGUGGUAAAAAUUUCAAGCAAUAUUCUCAUAAAGAGAAAAAAGUGGACUUGUCAAAAAAAAUAGCGGAGAUAAAAUUGAACAAUAAUAAAUCUCCCGUUGCCAAAGUCAAUGAAAUUAUGUUGUUAAAAAAACAAACAGUAGAAUAUAAGUGGGUUUCCUUAGAAGGGCAUGGACAUAGUCCAAUUUUUACUAUUGUUGCCAAAACUGGUGAAAUAUCUGCUUUGGGAGAAGGUUCAUCAAAAAAAGAAGCAAAACAAAAUGCUGCUAUUGCUUUAUUGGAUAAAUUAGAUGACAAUGAUGGAAACAACACCAUAACAUCUACCACUUCAAGUAUUACACUUACACAAGAUGAAUAUGACUCAUCAAAGUAUAGUGAUGAGAAAAUUGUAGAUGAAAUAUCAAAAAUAAAUCCUAUUGGUAUGCUGCAGGAGUUGUGCAUGGCUCGUCAUUGGGUGUUACCUAACUAUGAGUUUCCACGUGACGAACACAAUGACACAUAUAAAACUUGGUAUUCCGUGAUAUGUUCCCUUAAGGACUUAAGAUCUGUUGGUGAAGGAAAAACCAAGCAAGCAGCUAAAAGAGAAGCUGCUCAAAUGAUGUUAAACCAAAUAAAAAAUGUUCCUCCACAGAAGAACUCUGAGUAUCCAUUGCCUGCUCAUUUUAUGCUGAGAGACACUGUGGAAAGUAAUGGUUUGGAUUAUACACAUGCUGUGAGUUCUUUGGAGAUAUUCCUUAACCGUUUAAAACAAUCUCAAAAGCAAAGUUUAAGCAAACUAAGGAAUACACAAUCUACAAUUAAACUAAAACAUAAUCCAAUGGAUUUUUUAAGUGAAAUUGGAAAAGAAGAAAAUUUUAGUCUUACAUACAUAAUGAUAAAAAAGGAUCCAUCUGAUGUUGGAAUAGUAGUGCAAUUAGCUGUCACUCCUAUUUUGUUCUUUGUGGGUACUGGUAAGACCGUGCAAGAAGCUCAAGAAAUGGCUGCCUAUGUUGCUCUAUUAUAUAUAAAACUUUUGUUAGAGCAGUAGAACAAUCACAACACUAGUUGACAUAAUGAUGUUACUUACUUAAUACAGUUAGUUGAGUUUAAAAAUACAUAUGAUAUUAAAUAAUAAUGGUAUUCAUUUUUGUAAUUUCCUACACAAUAUGGUCCCCUGAUUUCUAUAACUUAAAUUUAAGAGGAUUUAAAGUAUUUAUUUAUUGUGUGAUUAUAUUUUGUAAUUUACAUACACACCCAUUUUUUGUUUGUUUACACUUUUCCUUUCUUAUAUUAACUUAAUUAAUAAUCAUGAUUUGAUGUAAUAUAUUGUAAGUGUUAACAUUAAAA